UUGCACUAUUCCUCCUGGGGCGUGACCUUUUUGCGAUCGGAUGAUCGACACAUUUUGUCCAUGUGAGAUCGAUCGAGGUUUGAGCAUUCAUCAUUGAGAGACCUUACGGGAGCCAUGGGCGCUCAAUCCUCCAGUACCAGGACCGACUUCGAGUGGGUCUACACUCAGCAACCGCACGUCUCCAGAAGAAAAAUGAUUCUCAAGAAGUACCCGGAGAUCAAGAAGCUGAUGGGACCGGACCCACACUUCAAGUACAUUGUGUCGGCCUUGGUGAUAUUUCAGGUCGUGUCGGCCUACUUCAUCUGCAAGCUUUCCUAUCCCUGGGUGGUCGUCAUCUCCUACUUCCUGGGUGGAGUCAUCAACCACUCCCUAACGCUGGCCAUCCACGAAGCCUCCCACAACGUUGUGUUUGGCAACUACUACCCCAUGUACAAUCGCCUGUUUGGGAUUUGGGCGAACCUCCCCAUUGGCGUACCCAUGUCCGUCACCUUCAAGAAAUACCACAUCGAGCACCAUCGCUACCUGGGCGUGGACUUGUACGACGUCGACAUCUCCACCGACUGGGAAGGUCGUUUCUUCUGCAGCACACCUCGCAAAUUCCUCUGGCUUUUCUUACAGCCGCUGUUCUACGCCUUGAGGCCGAGUUUAGUCCGGCCCAGACCCCCCACCAAACUGGAGAUACUCAACUACGUGAUCCAGUUUGUGUUUGAUGUCCUCGUGUACUACUUCAUCGGGCCCAAGGGUCUGGUGUAUUUCAUCGGAGGGACCCUCCUGUGUAUGGGGCUCCACCCCAUGUCGGGACACUUCGUCGCGGAGCACUACAUGUUUGACAGAGGCCACGAGACGUACUCGUACUACGGACCGUUGAACUACCUCACGUUCAACGUCGGGUACCACAUGGAGCACCACGACUUCCCCUACAUCCCGGGGUCUCGGCUCCCCGAGGUCAAGAGGAUAGCUGCCGAGUUCUACGACGGUCUCCCUCAGCACAAUUCCUGGAUCGGCGUACUCUGGCGAUUCCUCUUUGAUAACGACGUGGGGCCCUACUGUCGAACCAAGAGAAACUACGAGGACAUUUACGGGGAGAGGAAGAGCGAAAACCCGUACUACGACGCUGAUAAUUCAAUGAAACCCGUUCUAGUGGGUGACCCUAUCGUUCCGGUCCCAUCAUCGGAAGAACGUACAACCACUAGAAAUGGCCAUGUAGAGCCGCCUUUAGGUGACCACAAGAAGGAACUGUAGACGUCAUGUACAACUGGCAAGUAUUAUACAUACUACCGUUUUUCCUGUCAUGUUCAUAAACAUUGUACAGUGGACUAAUUGUGUAAAACAUUGUGAUGAUAGUACAUACUGUAUUACUAUGACUGAUGACUGACACAAAUAGUAUAACAUCGCUCAAGUAUUUGACUGCAC